AUGAACUUAACAUCGAUGGAUCGAUGGAGGUAAGCAUGUUUUAGCCAUGUUUUUAAAUCUAGGAAUAAUUUUGAAUGAAUAAUAAAACAAUUAUUGAAUUCGGCUUUCGUAUCAUAUGAAGAAUUAUGGGGAUCUCGGAGGGUGUUAUCCGCACCCUCCUCGAGCUCCAUAAUUCUUCCUAAGAUACUCAGCCUCAUUCAUUAAUUGUUAAUUAACUCUGCCAAAGGGCUAUUCUGAAGUUUAUUUACAAAUGCUAAAAAAGAAAGGGAUAAGAAGAAAAAGCUUAAAUUGAUUACAAUCUUUGGUACUAGACUAAAAGCCCCAACUAUGCGCGUACAAUUACGUUAUCUCGUUGGAGAUCUAAACUAAAUCAAAUAUUAACUAUUUAACGUAUGGCGUCUGCUUCGCAGACCCGGCGUGCAAGUGAAGGAGGGAGAUAUAUCGACCUCUCACCCAUUGCCAACUUUUAAAGAAGAUGCACCACCAAAGAUAAUAGUCAAGUUCACGAGAAGGGAUAUGAGGAAUAGCUUCUAUACGAACCCGAAGGAAGCUUAUUGA